CAGGGCUGUCAAAGUGGCCUUUGAGAAGUUUGGGAAGUAACCUUGGAAGAUUAGAUAUACAUAAUUCAUUCAUACACCACCGUCGAGGAACCGCGACAACCACAUACAACAAAGUUCUAUGAAACGCCUAUUUUCGGAAUUCAAUAAUCUGUAUUCCACGGCUUCGCUUCUGCCCGAAACUGGCUAUUCUACUUCAAUAGGCCCUUUCAGGGCCCGUGAAGCUUCAUCAUGAGUUCUCUGAAGCAGUUUAUUCGCAAUGUGCGUGCAGCGAAGACGAUUGCUGACGAACGAGCGGUCAUCCAAAAGGAGAGUGCUGCCAUCAGGGCCAGCUUUCGCGAAGAAAGCGGAGAUCACAAUGUGAGGCGCAACAAUGUAGCCAAGCUCCUAUAUCUGUUCACGCUGGGGGAGAGGACCCAUUUUGGCCAAAUAGAAUGUAUUAAAUUACUUGCAUCUCCACGGUUCGCUGACAAGCGACUUGGUCACUUAGCUACGAGUUUGCUGUUAGAUGAAAAUCAGGAGGUUCUCACACUGGUUACAAACUCGUUAAAAAAUGAUCUAGGUCACUCGAAUCAGUAUGUCGUUGGCCUUGCUCUUUGCACCCUGGGAAAUAUUGCCUCGAUCGAAAUGUCACGGGAUCUAUUCCCCGAAAUCGAAACGUUGGUAUCGACCGCAAACCCUUACAUCCGGAGAAAGGCUGCAUUGUGCGCUAUGCGAAUAUGCCGAAAGGUACCGGACCUUCAGGAGCACUUCGUCGAGAAAGCUGCUCAGCUAUUGUCGGAUAGAAACCAUGGCGUCCUUCUAUGUGGUCUGACAUUGGUCACGAGCAUGUGCGAAGCAGAAGAGGAAGAGGGCAGCGAUGAAGGAAUCAUCGACAAGUUUAAGCAGUUUGUGCCAGUAUUGGUAAGAACCUUGAAGGGGCUUGCUACGUCUGGUUACGCCCCCGAACAUGAUGUCACAGGCAUCACCGAUCCCUUCUUGCAAGUAAAAAUCCUUCGGCUACUUCGAGUCCUCGUCCGUGGCGAUGCAGAAGGGACUGAGCAUAUUAAUGACAUUCUCGCACAAGUCGCCACCAACACCGACUCUUCUAAGAACGUAGGCAACUCCAUCCUUUAUGAGGCUGUCCGAACCAUCCUCGAUAUUGAGGCCGACUCGGGACUUAGGGUUCUUGGUGUGAACAUCCUCGGCAAGUUCCUUUCCAACCGCGAUAAUAAUAUCCGAUAUGUUGCUCUCAAUACGUUGAUCAAGGUUGUUGCUAUCGAGCCGAAUGCUGUCCAGCGGCACCGAAACACCAUACUCGAAUGCCUACGGGACCCCGACAUCAGUAUCAGAAGGCGCGCUCUCGAUCUCAGCUUCACCCUUAUCAACGAAAGCAACGUGCGAGUUCUAAUUCGAGAAUUGCUUGCAUUCCUCGAAGUUGCGGACAACGAGUUCAAGCCGAGCAUGACUAGUCAAAUUGGUAUCGCCGCUGACCGGUACUCUCCCAAUAAGCGAUGGCACAUCGACACUAUGUUGCGGGUGCUGACCCUCGCUGGGAAUUACGUCAAGGAGCCCAUAAUGGCUUCGUUUGUCCGACUCGUGGCUACGACGCCAGAACUCCAAACGUACGCCGUGCAGAAGUUGUACGCAAAUUUGAAGAAAGACAUCACCCAGGAAAGUCUGACUCAGGCGGGCGCGUGGUGUAUAGGCGAAUACGCCGAUUCCCUUCUCAGAGGUGGGCAAUAUGAAGAAGAGGAAUUGGUCCAGGAAGUUAAAGAACACGAAAUCAUCGAUCUUUUCACCACCAUCCUCAACAGCAGCUAUGCCACGCAAGUAGCCACCGAAUAUAUUGUCACGGCUCUUGUCAAAUUGAGCACGCGUCUAUCAGAUGGGUCACAGGUGGAACGCGUUCAACGCCUCUUGCAGUUUUAUCAAACCAGUUUAGAUGUUGAGGUCCAACAAAGGGCUGUAGAGUACGGCAAUCUAUUUUCGUACGAUGACAUACGUCGUGGCGUGCUCGAGAAGAUGCCGCCACCGCAAAUCAAGGAGGAGUCUAGGGUGCUUGGCGAGGCGACCAAGAAACCCAAGAAAGGUGCCAAUCGCAGGUCAAAGCUUAUUGCAAAACCUACAACAGAUCAGGAUCUGCUCGAUUUGAUGGGAGAUACCACCACGACACCGAUAGCUUCGCCUACGAACGGAUCCCAGAGCAACACCGAUCUGCUCGCCGACAUUCUCGGUGGCAGUACGAUUUCGCCACAAGGGGCCGCAUCUCCCCCGCCUCAACCAAGUAACACGGCGUCAAUUAUGGAUCUCUUCUCUCAGGGCUCAACCCCAAGCCCAGCUCCUGCUAGUUCUGGCUUGGGUGACCUCUCGUCACUCGGCACUCCUCCACCCCAGCAACUUGCAGCAGUCCCGCCACCGAGUGGUAUUCCAUGCUAUGAUGCCAACGGUCUCAAUGUAACCCUCCAGUUACAGCGUAACGCCGAAGGAGCUGUGCAGGUUCUCAGCCGUUUCCGGAACUCUUCUGGUGCUCAACUCUCCAACGUGGGCUUACAAGCAGCUGUGCCAAAGUCUCAGAAGCUCCAGUUAAUGAGCAUCUCUAACUCCGAGAUCGUCCCCGGAGGUGAAGCAACCCAGGUCAUGAGGAUCACGGGAAGUAAAGGACCUCUUCGCUUAAUGUUGAGAAUUGGUUACUCCCACCCAUCAGCAGGCCAAGUCAUGGAUCAGGUGAAAUGGACAGAGCCAUCGUAGUCGAUAGAGAGACCAAUAAAAGGCGACAUGAUUAUACUCAUCCCAUAUCUUAUUAUUUCCGAAGAGAAUGUAAGCCUUCAGCACGGUGCUCUUAUCGCCCGAAGGCAUUGGUGACAUCCAUACAAGUGACUAUUCGUCGGAGUAAUUCGCUAUCCAGCUAGUAUUGUCAAUUAUGUGAUCCGGUUGUAAGGCACGCGAGUCUCUGCAUAUACCAAAAAUGCCAAUCGUCC